AUGCAGAAAGAGGUACGUGCAAGACUUCAAGACGCUGAGCAGGCACUCAGAACCCUUGAGAUCCCAGUUCAAGGGUACCCUGGCCACAGUGCGAGAUUCUUUGAGAGUUUGUGGAACACACGAAAAGCCCAGCAGCUAGAUGCAAUGAACGAGCAGAAAAGUCGGAAGCAAGAAAUGAUUGCUCUGUUACUGGGGUUAGAGGAGGAUCUCAUAGGGGCUUGGGGAAUACAAGCGACGCGAAGGAGGGCCCGAACUGACGCUGACAACAACGACCUCAUGGCUCUACCAGCUACUGUAGCAGAUGUAGAAGAGCAGAUCAAGGGUGUGGCAACGGCCCUAGGAGGUCCUGCAUUUAGAGCUUUGGCUGGGGCAACUGACAGCAAAACUAAUGCACUGAUAGCCAUAUCUAUUGCACGAAGCAACCUUUAUGAGGCCAAAGUGGGCCUCAUCGAAUCUAGGCUAUGUCGUCAUCACAACACUGGGCAGCGAAAUGCACAGUACAAUGCGCGUCAGCACAGCAAGAAGACAGCAAACCUACGCGUGAAGUAUCAAACCUAUGAGCGCAAAGUUCAAAAGUACCAUACGGAUUUUCCGAGGGCAACACGCGUUCAACUCCCUGACCUUGGAAUGGUCAUGCAGAUGUCAUUAGACGAUGCUUUCUGGAAUCGGGGUGAGGUGAAUGAAGACGAGGAUGGUGAACAUGCGGACAAGUUUCGAGCAGCUAUAGAUGCAACUCUACUGCAAAGGAGUGCACUUGAGGAGCUGAGACGCAUUGCCAGGGAAGUCCGACAGAUGAUUAGUUGGGCAAAUGAAUAUUACGAACGAAUCAUGACAUUUAAGACACGGAUAGAACAAGGCAAGUAA